GUAUUUGACAGUCCCCAAAUUGUUCAGUCGGGAAGAAAUCUGGGUGGAUUAUAUUACUGCGAGGAUUACCUGGGAGGGAAAUUGGAUCUCUCUCUAUCUCUCCUUUCAGUUUCAAUCUCCUUGUGUUGAGGAUUGAAUCAUCUACAUAUCAAAAGAGGCGCUGAUUUUCCAAUUUUGCACUACGCAUUUUUGGGAGCGUUAGAUGUUGGUUAGUUUCAAGCUUGCCCGUACAGAAUUUCUCACUUCUUCUCUACAUCUCAGCAAAUAGAUUGGGCAUCUUCUCAUUGUAAAGACAGAUGAAGCAUAUUGUAAAGAUUUUAACAUUGCUUGUGGCCAUCAUUGCCUUCUGGAUUGGUCUUCUGGAAACCUCUAUGCUUCCACGUAGCUAUACAUGGCUGCUACCCAUCUAUUUCACCAUUUCACUAGGAUGUUACGGUCUUCUGAUGGUUGGAGUUGGUUUGAUACAAUUUCGAACAUGUCCCGAAGAAGCUGUGCUGCUGCAAAAGGAUGUUGUUGAGGCUAAGGAGUUCUUGAAGCAGAGAGGUGUCGAUGUAGGAAGUGAUUGAAGUCUUGAUGGGAAGAUUCUUUUGCUUUUUCUCGCAUGUUUGUGAAUGUUAGUUGUUGAUCUUUUCAGCCCCAUGCUGGAUACUUCUCUAGUGUGGUUUGGAACUGAAGAGUUUAUUGAAGUUCACUCAAUCUUGAACAGGUGAAACAUUAGCAUAGUUGCCAUAUUUUCAUUUGAUCACAAUAUGUACGCGUUGACAGAUUCUAAAUAUACAAGCAAUUUUUUCAAAU